AUGGCUCAUGCUGCUACGGACGAUAACAAAGUGCCUCCAUUAGCCAAAUAUUUGGCCAGCAAUGAGAAGAGAGAGAGAGAUAAAGCGAUAAGAAAUUUGCGUAAUUUCCUUACAACGGGUAAAAACGAGUUGAGCGAUUUAGAAAGCGCAAGAUUAUGGAAAGGGAUUUUCUAUUGUUUCUGGAUGUCAGAUAAACCACUUGUUCAACAAAAGCUGGCAUUCGAUUUAUCCAGUAUUCUGCUUGAGAUUCCUGACCUUGAUAAGGUUUGGAGCUUCUACAAAGGCUUCUGGGAUGAAUUGAUUAGGGAAUGGACAGGCUUAGAUCGAUACCGCAUCGACAAGUACUAUAUGCUCAUCAGAAAAUUCCUCUAUGCGGCUAUCAAAGUCUGUGUGAAGGAUAACUUCAAAUGCCUCGACAAAUUCAAUGCGAUACUACAAGACCCACGCGGUAAAAGCCCAUUGGCAUAUGACGAUUACAGUGUUCCUUCUUCACUCACCUACCACUUGUCCGAUAUAUAUACCGAUGAAGUAAAUAGAGCGCUUUCAGAUGCAGAGAAUGAUAUAAAAGUGCCAUUGUCUCAAAUACUCAAGCCAUGGUCGCAGCUGCUGGCUCAUACACGCAACAACGCAGCAUACAAAAGAGUUUCUGGUGGUGUGAUUGACAAGCUAAUCGGCGAGGACGACGAAGACGUUGAAAGUAUCAGGAGGUUCAUCGAUUUACAGCAAACAAGAAAACUUGUUGCUAAUAGUCUCUUCGAGGAAGCUUCAAAACCAACUGCCAACCCAAGCAACAGACGGAAACUUUAUGAAUUCGUUGAUGACUUGAGAAUGGAAGAUGACUGA